AUGGCUGCCGAUGAUCCUGGAAAAUCAACUCCUUCGGAUAAAUACAAUUUAUUCCGGACAAUUCAUUCUGCCAUGAGACAUCUUAAUUAUGACCAUUUAGUGGCUGGUGUUUGUGGUGGUGUAAUAGCGACCUUGUCAUUACAUCCAUUGGAUGUCAUCAAAGUUAAAUUUCAAGUUGGUGAUGGCCACUUUUCUAACCGUCCCAAUUUUAAUGGCCUUGUUCAAGCAUGCAAGUCUACUACCCAAUUAAACGGCUUGCGAGGCUUUUACCAGGGCGUUAUACCAAAUAUGUGGGGUGCAGGAUCGUCAUGGGGAUUGUACUUUUUCUUCUAUAAUGCUAUUAAAGCCAAUUUUCAAGCUGGUUCUAAUCAACCUCUAGGACCUACUAAACACAUGACAGCUGCAGCGAUAUCAGGUGUUUGCACCCUUACUAUGACAAAUCCCAUUUGGGUUGUUAAAACUAGAAUGAUACUUCAAACUACCAAAACUGGAGAAAUGGUAGUAUCUGCACCUUCAUAUAACGGACUACUAGAUGGACUUAGCAAAAUAUAUAAAUAUGAAGGAAUUAGAGGAUUCUAUAAGGGCUACGCUCCGGGACUUUUUGGUGUAUCUCAUGGAGUUAUACAAUUUGUUGCAUAUGAAGAAUGCAAAAAGGCUUAUAAUAAAUUCCGAAAACAAUCGAACGAAAAGCAUUUGAGCGCUAUUGAAUAUAUUUGUAUGGCCGCAAUAUCAAAAACGUUUGCAUCAUCUACUACCUAUCCUUAUCAAGUAGUCCGAUCUCGUUUGCAGGACCCUCACAUAGCUCAAAAAUACGAUGGCUCUAUUGAUGCAAUCCGUAAGAUUAUAAAAUACGAAGGCUUUCGAGGAUUCUAUAAAGGUCUAACGCCAAAUCUGAUCAGGGUAACUCCUGCAACAUGUAUUACAUUUGUUGUAUACGAAAAGAUGAGUUACUUUCUAAAGAAAAGAAGGACAUAA